AUGAAGGGGCUUCUUUGUGUGACCUUCUUGACUCUGAUUGCUCAGACACUACAGGUCACCCUUCCAGCUGCGGAUCUAGCCCAAUCCCCCGCCCUACCUGCGCUGCAAGCUAGGCAAGACCGGAGAUGCGGUCCUGAGGUUGCACGGUCCUGUCCCCAGGCCCAGUGCUGCUCUAGUGGAGGAUGGUGCGGUACAGGCUCUCAGUUCUGCAGGUCUCCCACUUGCCAGAUCGACUACGGCCCAUCGUGUGACGCCAAUAUCCGCCCAGAAGGGCCUGACACCUCUUCCGUUCCUCGUCCCAAGGUUGGCUCUGUCCCGUACGGCAAGGCCAUAUACUACUGUACAGAAAAGGGAGGUAUCGCCUUGACUUUUGACGACGGCCCGUGGAACUACACGGAGGAUUUGCUGGAUCUACUUGCUGAAUACGAUGCCAAGGCCACAUUCUUCGUCGUCGGCCGCAACGCAGGCAAGGGCGCAAUCAACGACCCCUCGACGCCCUGGCCGGCCCUGAUCCGCCGCAUGGCCGACGAGGGCCACCAGAUCGCGAGCCACACCUGGGCGCACCACAAGCUGACGCAGAUCACGCCCGCGCAGUUCCGGGACCAGAUCCUCUUCAACGAGGUCGCGCUGGCGGACCUGCUGGGCUACUUCCCGACGUACAUGCGGCCGCCGCACUCGAUGAGCGACGCGACGACGGAUGGGUGGCUGGCGGAUCUGGGGUACCACGUCACGUACUUCGAUCUCAACACGGCGGGUUAUCUGAAUGAUGGGCCGGACUUGAUCAGGAAGUCGAUUGGGAUCUGGGACGGGCGGGUUGAGCCUCUGUAUCCGGCGACGAGCAGUCUGCUGGUGAUUGAGCAUGAUACCGUGUACCAUGGCGUGUACACUCUGGUUAGACAUAUGCUGGAGACGAUCAAGAGGAAAGGGUUCAGGACGUUGACGGUGGGUGAAUGUCUCGGGGAUCCCAAGGAGAACUGGUACCGGGAAGUGUCAUCGCAGAAGUAA